AUGAGCAUCCGCGCGCUCAGCCUUUCCAUUGGGCUACUGCACUUGAUUUCUGAAACAGUAGCGGAGUACUCCUCCAAAAGUGAUUUGGAUUACGAGUUUGGAGACUACCGGGGCAAAUGGUGUAUAGACGACCACGGUUUCGUUUAUGGCAUCGGAGAGGUUUACUAUCCCAGCCCUACCGCGUGCCCUUGCACCUGUACCGAGGACGGACCUGUGUGUGUACGUCCGAAGUGUCCGCGAAUUCACCCACGAUGUACGCGAAUUAAAUACAAGUCUUGUUGUCCAGUAUGUGAGGCAAUUGCGAAGGUUUGCGUUUAUGGAGGCAGAACGUACAGCGUCCUCGAAGAAUUUAAGUUAUCUCGCUGUGAGCGCUGUCGCUGCGAGCCAAACAGGGAAGUGUACUGCACCAUCUCCAACUGCCCGGCACCUCACUGUGUCAACCCCACCUAUGAGCCCAACCACUGUUGUCCUGUCUGCCAGAGCGGCCCAAACUGUUUUGCGGGGAACGUAGUGAUCUCGGCUGGAGAGCGUGUGGAGAUGGAUGAACAGACUGUGUGCUUCUGUACCUACCGGGACGGAACCUGGCAGAUGCACCCCCAGGCCACCUGCGAGCAGCGGCCAAGCCCCAGUCCCACCCCCACCCCCACCCCCAGUCCCAGCCCCCCAGAGGAUAGGAUCAAGCAGAGGGGUGGGAGGAGGGCCUACAGCCCCCGUCUGGACGUCAUCCCCUGA